UCUAGAACCUUCCGGCACCUUAUAAGCUGUUUCCCCUUUUACAGUUUUCCACACAAAACAUUCGAGAAAGAGAGAGAGAAAGAGACAGAGAAAAAAGAGAGAUUCAUAUUACCAGCUUUCGAUUGAAAAAAACCGCACCUGAGAUAUAUCGAUCAGUUUCGAUGGCAUACUCAAGGGGAGAAUCUCGAUCACCAUCCCCAUCCCCAUACAGGCGAUACGUUCGCUCUGUCUCGAGAUCCUUGUCAAGAUCCUGGUCAUCAUCAAGGAGCCGAUCAAGGAGUCGUGAAAGUAGCGUAGAGAAUCCUGGAAAUAACCUUUAUGUGACUGGACUGUCAACACGUGUGACUAAGAGGGAGCUUGAAAAGCAUUUCUCAAGUGAGGGAAAGGUGGAGGAUGUUCACCUUGUGACUGAUCCAUGGACCAAAGAAUCACGAGGAUUUGGUUUUGUGACCAUGUCUUCUCUUCAGGAGGCGGAUCGUUGCAUCAAGUAUUUAGACCGCUCUGUACUUGAAGGGCGUGUCAUAACUGUUGAGAAGGCCCGAAGGAGAAGGGGUCGUACACCAACGCCUGGAAAAUACCUGGGGCUAAAGACAUCUCGCAGUCGCCGCCGUUCCCCUACUUAUUCACCCUAUAGUAGGCGCUCGUCUCGUUAUUCAUCUGAUCGUGAGAGAUCAUACUCUCCUUAUAUCAGGCGAGAUAGAUCAUAUUCUCCCUACUAUAGGCGUCAUAGUCGUCGGUCACGCUCGAGGUCCCACACGCCAUACCACAGUGGAUCACCAAUCAGUCGACGUCGCUCGCGCUAUGAUUAUUCUCCUGAUGAGCGAUACUACAGAAGAAGGCAUCAAAGUCGUUCUCAAAGCUAUACACCAAGGGGAAGGAGCUAUUCUCGUAGUUACUCGCCUAGGCCAAGGAGGAGCUCAAGGAGAAGUUACUCUCGGAGUUUUUCACCUAGGCCGAGGAGAAGCUCAAGGAGAAGUUAUUCUCGGAGUUAUUCACCUAGGCCAAGGAGAAGCUCCAGGAGAAGUUACUCUAGGAGUUGCUCACCUCGGCCAAAGAAAAGCUUCCGGAGGAGCUACUCCCGCAGCUGCUCACCAAGACUGAGGAAGAGCUCAAGGAGAAGCUGCUCUCGCAGUUUAUCAAGAAGCCCGAGAAGGAGUCUCUCCAAUUCACCACAGAAGCGCGGACUAUCUCCUGAUAGUCACUCAUCAAGAAGCUAUUCAGGGCACAGUGCUCCCUCUAGAUCUAGGUCUCUUUCAAAAACUGCUAGUCCUCGGUCUGCUUCACCGUCUACCUAGUCACUAAUCUAUAUCAUCUUACUCUUAGUUAUAUGCCCAAAGUUGGUGUUGUGGCACAAGUUGCUAAUAAACUCUUCGCUGUGCUGUAAUAGUCUGACUGCAUGAAUUAGAACCUAUGUUUGCGAGUUGCGAUCUUGUAGACUGUUUGGAAUUGUUCUUGAAUGUAUUAAAUUCGAUAUGGUCUAUGCCCGCGCAUACACUGCAAUUCUUUUC